AUGUCCUACAACACCCCCGACCUCUCCUCCGUCCUAGCAACCCUCUCAGCAUUAUCCAACCAAUCCCAACCCCAAGCUCAAGCUCAUCCACAACAUCAACAACCAUAUACCACCAACAAGAACACCCAAAAUGUUUCAGAAGAUGACACAGACACCUAUGAACCUUCCGAAACAAUCAACCCCCUAACACCAUCCCCAAACAUCCCCCAUCCCAAACCCCAAGCACAUCCCCAGCACCCAAAACCACCCACCUUCCACCUCCCAGACACCUCCACAAUCACGACCUGGCCCCCAGCUCUGAAAAGCAUUAUGCGCACCCUCUCUACCAACGAAGAUCUGCAGCGGAAAAUCCGGUUCCUGAUUCAGCGCCAGCAUGAUCAUGAACGGCAGUGGUGGGCGGGGAGGGAGGCGCUGGUGAGAAAGCAGAAGGCUAGGGUGGAGAAGAAGAAGGAGUUGGAUGCUGUUUUGUGA